UAUGAAAAAAAAAAUCAAACAUUUAGAGGACCGCUAGUUUGUUCAAUAAAAAAUAUGAACAAUCGGGAAAGUCAACUCUGGCAGAGAAGAAUGGGUGAGCGGAAGCUGUAUUUGAUCCGCAGACGGCGACUGAGAGCGAGACGAGGUCGAGGAAGGAGAUAGAAUCGAGUAAUACGAAAGAGACGAUCUCAGCUGAUGGCGAAGCUUCAAAGUUGGCGGAAGGCUUACGGAGCCCUCAAGGAUUCUACCACCGUCAGCAUCGCGAAUCUCAACAGCGAUUUCAAGG